GAGGCUGAGGCAGGAGAAUUGCUUGAACCCGGGAGGCAGAAGUUGCAGUGAGCCGAGAUUGUGCCACUGCACUCCAGCCUGGCGCCUGGCGACAAAGUGAGACUCUGUCUCAAAAAAAAAAAAAAAAAAAUUUGAAGAUCACCCCAUUCCACAGUAUGAGGUGAACCCAUGGACCACAGAGAUUUUAUAUCACCUUUUGGAACACAACACAGUCCGGGACAGGGAUGUCUAUCUGAUAAUAGAGGACUAGAAGCAGAAAGCAAGUGAAUACGAGUCAGAAGUAUCUUCAAGAUCUUCUCAUGGAGAGUGUGAAGUUUUCCCCUGCCAGUCUAGCACUGGUUCCCGGUAUAUGAAUGCUUUGGUUGACAGUGUGGUGGCCCUUGAAACAAAGGAGACCCCACUAGCUAGUUUUAUCUCUGCAGUGAAUGAUUGGACCUCUGAUGUCUUUUAUACCAAAUCCAAAAGUGAAGAAAUCAAGAUUGAACUGGAAAAACUUGAAAAAAAUCUAAUUGCAACUUUAGCAUUAGAAAAAUGUCUACAAGAGGAUUUCAAGAAAGCUGAGUUGCUUCUUUCUACAGAAAGGGCCAAAGGUGAUAAUCAUCAUCAGAAUAUGGACUUUCUAAAAGCAAAGUCAGAGGAAUUCAGAUUUGGAAUCAAAGCUGCAGAGGAGCAACUUUCAGCCAGAGGCAUAGAUGCUUCUCUGUCUCAUCAGUCCCUAGUAGCAUUGUCAGAGAAACUGGCAAAAUUAUAAUAGACUAUACCUUUGAAGAAAAAAUUGAAGUCCUUUUUAGACUUAAUACCUAAUCCAUCUCUUGCUCAAGAGAAAAUUGAAGAAGCGAAUCAAGAAUUAGAUAGAAUUGAAACUGAACUUAGAAGGAGAG